AAAAAAUUAAUAUUAAGUAAAAAUAAAAUAAUGACUAAAAUGACGGCAAAAACAGUCUUGAGACAUUCCUUGUAUUUUUUGAUAUUUUUAUUGUUUUUGUUGGCUACAACAAAUGCUGGUAAUGUUAGACGAUAUCAUCGACAUCAUCAACAACAACAACAGAAAAAAGCAAUCCAAGACGACUACGACAUUACAGAUUAUAGUUCAGGCGUUUUUGUAGACCGUGUGCCUAUUGUUAGCGAUACCAGCAGUUCUACUUCGACAAAGAAGGCUUCCCAUAAUUACUCAAAAACUAACAGAUAUACAAAUAUUCCUUCAAAACUACGCAAAUUUAGAGAGGAUAUUAACAACAAUAAUAAUAAUGAUAGUGUGGAACGAAAACGUUGGUUACAAGAAUUAUUUGUUCAGAAAAAGAAGUGA